AUGUUUCGCCAACGUACAAGCGCCCAAAAGCCCGGCGAUGAGCUGCUGGCCACCUUCCGGAGGCAGUUCCCCGAGGUAGCUGUUACGACCACGGGACCGGCCGACGCUCAAAGCGCUGUCGUCGACAAUACCACCAUGGUCCCGCCGCUUCCGGGCGUCCAAGAAAGAAACCACAACCUCAGUCAAGAAGCUUUCAGGGACCAAGAUCCGACUCCCAGAGCCACGAACGAGCCCUGGAGGUUCACGCCGUCACUGCUGGACCCAAACUCAUUUUCCUUUACAAACUUUGCCAAUGCGCCGCCCGGUUAUUACACUCCCACGCCAGGAGGCACUAACACCAUUUAUCACCCGCAGGCCGGUGAUCUGCACACGCCCACCCUGGGCCUCGGCAUGGGUCUUGGAACCCCAUUGUCGAUGCCUACGUCGGAGGGCGCAAUGAACUCUGGGCAACCCAUGAUGGACCUUUCUAGUUUCCACCACCAAGGGAUGCACCCCCAGCAGUUCCACCAGCCCUUCAACCCGUUCAUUCAGCCUACUGCUCCUCAGCAAUCAUUUGCGCCCUCGACAUUUGUACACCAAGAUACCGGUUAUGAAACCAUGGAGCAAGACGGAUCACCGAUGAACUCGGACCCUUCUGAAGAACGAAUGACUUCCAUUGACACCGCGUUCCACAACUCGCCCAUGAUUGGCUUUCAGGGGCGUCAGUUCGGGGGAAUGCCCAUGGCCGCAGCCUUGCCGCCAUCGGCUGAGAAGUUCCGUUUCCAUGCCACCCUCAACGCCCCCACUGCCAUGAUCAAACACGCGGACGAGAUCCCCGUUACAUACCUCAACAAAGGCCAGGCGUACUCUCUUUCCAUCAUCGAUACCAACGCAACGAUUCCCGUGGCGCCAGGGACCAGAUUCCGCACCUUCGUUCGGAUCUCCUUCGAGGACGAGCAGCAACGACAGAAACCCGGGGUGUGUUGGGCCUUGUGGAAGGAGGGAAGGGGCACGAAUGAGGCCCACCAAAGAGGCGGCAAGCUACAAGCCGUCGAGUAUGUCGAGGCGGGACAGCCAACCGAUGGUGAUGACAAGAGAACCCGCGUCGAACUCGAGUCAGCGUCCUUUGACGGCUUUUCGGUCGUCUGGACCCCUGGCAUCAACGGCGCUCCCGAGUGCAACAUCGCCGUUCGCUUCAACUUCUUGUCCACUGACUUUAGCCACUCCAAGGGCGUCAAGGGCAUUCCUGUCAGGCUUUGUGCCAAGACCAGCACAUUUCCGUCUGACCCUACGCAGCCAGCUGCGGACGCCAAUCCCGAGAUUUGCUUCUGCAAGGUCAAGCUGUUCCGUGACCACGGUGCUGAACGAAAACUCUCCAAUGACGUGGCUCAUGUCAAGAAGACAAUCGACAAGCUGAAGCAACAGAUUGCGCAAGCGGAAAGCGGCAUGAAGGACUUUGGGAAGCGUAAGAGGUCGAGUGCCGCGGCACAAGUCAAGGGUGCCGACCAGCGGCCCGGUAAGGUUCAGAAACACAAGAGGACAUGGUCCAUGUCGUCGACCAGCUCAGCUGGUGCUGGGGCUCGGCCUCCACUCGAAGAAGACUUGCAUUUCAAGCUCCAGACCCUGCAAGACAUGUUCACUAGCACCCGGCCUGUCAGCAUACUCUACUUACGCGGCGAAGAUCUCGAUGAUCCCGACCUGCAUCCUGUUUCGCUUCCCGGCGAGCAAGGCGAUCUCACCAAAGUCGAAUCCCGCGAAGGCCCCGCUUGGCAAGCUCGAAGUGGCCGCAGCUCCGUCGCAGGCUCUUCCCUGGUCUCGCCAUCACCGAGCUCUCUGUCUCUGGCUUCUCAGGUCUCGGUGGUGCCCACCCGACAGUGGUCGGGCUUUGACGGCGAAGGGUCGGGCGAGCCACCUUCUCGACAGGGCUCGGAUCAGCCAGCGAAGGUUACCAAAACAGAUGAUGCUGGUAACCUGAGCGGCUGGAUUGAAGCCCUGGGGGUGGAUCCCUCUUACCGCCCGCCUCCCGAGCGCGUUGUGAAGCCAGUCGCCUGCUUUUACGUCAUGCGGCCCAACCCAUCAGACCCAGAGAAGCGAGACUACUACCGGGCCAUUUACUUGGCCCAGAGGAACUUGAAGGAGUUCAACUACCGUGUGGCCGCCAAGUGGAACCUCGAUCCCUCCAAAAUUUUGCGGACUGUUCAUGUGCUCGACCGCGGGCUCGAGGUCGCAAUGGAGGAUGAUGUCAUCCAAGAGUUGAGAGAAGGUCAGGACAUGAUGCUCGAGGUCAAGGAAAUCACGCACGACGAUUCCGUACAGCCCAAACGUGAAUGGGACAUGGCUGUCGAUCCCAAUGAGGGCGACACUCUGGACCACUCGCCCAGCCAAAGUGGCUACGAAUUGCGCCUCAAAUUUUAA